AUGAAAUUCAUUGAACAACUCAUUGGCAAUAUGCUCUUUAGUCGAUCUAUUGGAUUGCAAACCUUUAGAUAUUACCGGGGAUUUAGAAAUAUAAUUGACUAUCAAUACUUUACUGAUAUUAAACUAUAUACGGGAUUUGCUCAUUCCUUAUCCAAGCUUCAAACAUUUGAAUUUCAAGCCUUUAGUUAUCGCGAUAAUAACUCUUUUACCGCUUGGUCAGAUUUAUUUGAAAAUAUUGCAAAUUCCACUAUGACAAUUGAACAUUUAUCCCUUUUUAUCCCGCAUAAGGCUCAUAAUAACAAGCAACUUUGUCAAUCGCUAUCGAAUUUGAUUCAAUCACAAUCAAAUUUAAAAAGUUUGAUAAUUGAUGAAUUAACGGCCCUAUUCGUUUAUGACGCGCUUUCUAAUAAAGCUCGAUAUUUAACGUUUUUAAGGGUUACUUGGCUAAGUAAAUUUGAUCUUUUAUACCAAAUUUUACCAAUUUGCACGAAUCUAGAAGCACUGGAAUUUUCGCAAGCUUCACAACCUGAAACAGAAAAUACAGAUUUACAAUUUCCAAUCACACAAAUUAAUCUACGAAAUCUUUAUUGUGGCGAAGAGAAUCCUUCACAAUAUAUUAUUACUACACUUCUUCGAAUGUCCAAUAACAAAUUAAACACACUUUUACUCAAGAAUGUCAACACCGAAGUUCUUAACACCUUAGAGUUAUACUGUCCAAGAAUAACACAUCUUUGUUUGAAAAUCACAGCAAAACAGUUACCAAAUUUUAUUCAACUGCUUUCGGGACUUGUACUUAAACAUUUAGCUUUAGAAAAUCUACCAGAGGAACCUCGAUAUGCCACUGAGGAUAUACGGCGAUUAGCACAAACAAUUCCACUUUCAUUACGAUAUUUUGGGAUAAAGUUUUACAUCACCCUAGCAGAUCUCAAAUACUUUUACAAGGAGUGUGGGGCAUCCCUUGAUGCACUUGCGUUAUAUUACAUACCUAAAAUGGACGUUGAAAUAUUGACAUCUAUAAUUAAAUAUUCAAAACAUAUUCCAAGCUUAAAAUAUAUAAAGUUUGGGAGAGAAAUUUUCAAGUAUUAUAAAUCACUGCCAGUACAUGACAUGGAAAAAAUUAAUAAAUUUAAGUAUACUAUCGGAGAAGUUAAACCUUUGAGUAAUAGAUUUUAUGGUAAGUUUGUAAAUUAA